GCGUCGUCAUUACCUAUUAGGGUUUUCCAAACUUUCUGAGUGUUAUCACGCCGUCCGUCUUCGUCUUCGUCUUCUAGAUUCGCAUUAGAAGAUCAUGGGUUUCGCUGCGAUUUGGAACUCUCAUCCCAAGAAGUACGGGCCUGGUUCCCGCACCUGCCGUGUGUGCGGAAAUUCGCAUGGGUUGAUCAGGAAGUAUGGUCUUAACUGCUGUAGACAGUGCUUCCGCAGCAACGCCAAGGAAAUUGGAUUCAUUAAGUACCGUUAAAGAAGAUCCGUGGUUGUUUGAGCAGGAAGAGUCAUUUGCGGUUUUAAGUUUUACUUUAAUCUUGUAAUGGAUCUUAUAAAUGUUUUUUUAGUUUCAACAAGGCAUUUAAGCUGUUGAACAUUUUAGCUUCCUUGUUUUAUCAAACAUCCUGAUUCUACUACCAUUUGAUUAUCAUAGUUUCUUUUGGA